AUGGGUGACGAAACUCCAUUGCCCCAAUCCGCAAUCCAAAUAAUACAGUCUCUUCUAACCAGAAAAGAAGUUGCUCGGACGGCCACUCUGUCAAAAUCAUGGCGCACCGCGUGGCUGACUAGCCCACACCUCGAACUCGAUGAGAGCGAUUUUGAACGGAAGUUUAGUUAUGAAGAAGAAGACUCCGACGACUCCGACUCCGACUCCGACUCCGACGACUCCUACGAAGAAGAAAGCGGGAAUCGUCCCACAAUUGAUAGGUUCUCUGUCUUCGCGAAGAAAACCGUGCAAAGGUACGAGGAUUCGAACCUAAAGAUUGAGAGUUUCAGGUUAAGAAUGAACUAUUAUAAGCGGCGUGAAUGGGACGAUAAUCUUAUCGGCCUUGGUUACGAGUUGAUCGUAAAAGCGUUGAGAUUGGGCGCCACCCGUCUCGAUCUACAGCUCACGAAUUUCGAUGACGAGAGACCCAUUUUGCCGCACGAGGUUUUCGAAGCUGAGAACCUUGUCGAGUUAUCCGUGGAAGGCUACUUCAUUCAUGAUCUCGUGCUGGAUCAAAGGGUAAGAUGUUCGAAGCUUGAAUCGCUUACUUUAAAUGACGUGAGGAUUAAACGCGAUAUGGUGUCCCGCAUAGUUUCAGCCUGCCCCUUGAUUAAACAAUUAUCACUGUGCAAAAUUAAUUAUAAUAGAUUACAGAGACUUGCUUUGGUUUGUGAUUAUCUGACCGAUUUUCAUAAGCUGACGUCCCUCAAGCUUCAAGGUAUGCAAUUGGAUUCCGCGUUUCUGGAUGAUUUGUCCUUUAGAUUUCCUAAUGUGAAGGAUUUAUCCUUGGAGUUGUGCUAUUCUAGUAUUAAAAUACAAAUCUGCAGCCACUCGCUCGAGCGUCUGGAAUUACUUAUCGGAGAAAGACGGAGUCCAAAGAUCGUACUGGAUGUCCCGUGUAUUUGUAAACUUACAUUCAAAUGUUUUGAUAUUCCUUCAGUCGUUUUCAUAUCGGAGUCAAAGGAGUUGGAUGAAUCGCAUGUAUCCCUUGUGUGUUAUAGUUUUAAACUUUCAUGGUUUCUUUAUGUGAGUAAGCUGUUGACCAAGUUGAGGUGGUCAAAAAUUUCUCUUUAUCUCUCAGUGAGGGCCGUGGAUAUGUCUGAUUACGAGGUAGAAGAUUUGGAUGGUUUACCCUCUAGGCACCAAUUGGAACAUUUGAUGUUGGAAACGGACUAUAUGAAGUCUUUGACCUGUUAUGCGUUUUUUGAUGCGUUGUUCCGGUUAUGCUGCCCGAAGAUGAUUACGCAACAUUAUCAACGCAAUCAGAGGUAUCAUGACCGCAAAAGAAACAAUGAUUUCCUUUCCAAGAUGCUUGAAAGAGGAACGAAGGGAGUAUUCUCCAACCCUUGCAAUUUUAUGUAUGGCCUGCAUGAUCUCGAGGGGGUUUAUGUGAAGCCAUAUGAUGAUGAUGGGGAUGAUGUUGUGUGGACAUCAAAGUUCAAUUUACAAAUGCACAAUGCAGAGACGCUUCGGUUCCAUUUGAAAUGGAAGUCUGCAUCCUAG